UUUAUGUCUGUUUUACUGCAACGUACAAAAAAGUGCUUGUUCCACAUCAUUAUUCUUACUGCAUCGCAUAAGCACAUAGGUGUCUUGCAAACAUUAGACACCUUUUGUAGACUCUUCUCUGCUUUAGGUGCUGGUAAUGUAUUAUGAUAAGUGAAUACAACAAGCACAAGCAAUAUUGUUAGACUACAAAGUGCAGCAGCUCCGGCAAUGCCAUUGAAAACGGUGGUGCUGAAUGAUGCAGCCUCAGAGCAUGGGUGGAGUUAAAGUGGGGAGGCUGCCCUUUGUUUGGAGAAGAAAUCUUAUCAUUCAGGCUGCAGAAUCAGGACUCUAUUGAUUUCCUUUGCAUCUGCAGGAUGCCAUCUGAGCUGUCGUCUGAUCGCGUCUUGUGUCUUCAUCUGGCAUAAUAUUCUAAAGAGCAAAAUCAGGUUACCUGGAUGACAGGAUGGCAGCGUCAAACUUGGAGAACCAGUUACACAGUGCCCAGAAGAAUCUCUUGUUCCUGCAGCGGGAACAUGCCAACACGCUCAAAGGCUUGCAUGCUGAGAUCCGACGCCUGCAGCAGCACUGCACAGAUUUAACCUAUGAGCUGACUGUAAAGAGUUCAGACCUGACGGGAAAUGGUAAUUUAAGAAGUGAUGAACUCAGAAGAAAAUGUGAAGAACUUGAAGCUCAGCUGAAAGACAAAGAGACUGAAAAUAAUGAAUUUUUAAAGGAACUGGAACAAAAAAAUGCAAUGAUAAUGGUGCUGGAAAACACCAUCAAAGAAAGAGAAAAGAAGUAUUUAGAAGAGUUAAAAAUGAAAAGCCAUAAGCUAAAUAUGUUGUCAAGUGAACUAGAGCAGCGAGCAAGCACUAUUGCAUAUCUGACUUCACAGCUCCAUGCAACCAAGAAAAAGCUCAUGAGUUCAAGUGGGACUUCUGAUGCCACCCCAUCUGGAAGUCCAGUGUUGUCCAGCUACAAGCCAGCACCUCCUAAAGACAAGCUACCUGAAACUCCACGACGCAGAAUGAAGAAGAGUCUGUCAACACCGCUCAACCCAGAAUUUGAAGAGGCCUACAGACUAGGAUCGGAUGGCCGAAAGCUACUUUUACGAGAGCCUGUCGAUGCUAUGCCUGAUCCUACUCCGUUUUUACUGGCCAGGGAGACUGCAGAGAUGCACCUAAUUAAAGAAAGGCCUUUAGUUAUUCCACCCAUUGCUUCAGAACGUACGUCAGGUGAGCCACACAGCCCAGCCCGGGAGAGGCAGCACAAGGCUCACAUUGGGGUGGCGCACAGAAUUCACCAUGUUGCACCAUCCCAGCCUCAGCCAGAGGUUGAGACGUUGGCAGUGGAUCAGGUCAAUGAAAGUAAAGUGGUCAGAAAGCACUCAGGGACGGACAGAACUGUUUAAGCAAAGUAAUGUGAUGUAAUGCUCUAUUCUGUUGCUAUUUCUGCACUGUGAUCAAAUAGGAUAAAAUCUCAUCUGCAGUAAAGUUUCUUUUAAUACCCCAUGCAUGCCAAAUUUUUUCUGGAUCUGUCAUUAGAUUAUCAUACUUAAUGAAACCCAAAUAUGACUGUGUUCAUACUGCAAAGUAUAUAAAUGCUGUGGCCAAAUCA